CAAACAGCAGUGCAACCGUCCCUCUUCUCUCUUUCUCCCUUCAUCUGCGGGAAACCAAGCCCUGUCCGCCGGCGCACAGCAGCAGCAGCAGCAGGCCGCCGGUCCUGUGGAGGCCCUCACCAUGGCAGCUUUGAGACAGAGCAGAAGCCUGACAGAGAGAAGAGGAGGAGGAGGAAGAGGAAGACACAGUGUUGCACCCCUCUCCACCACGCUCACCUUGCUCCUCGCGCUGCUCACCUGCUGCGUCAGGUGCGCGUGCUGUGCCAAAAGCAGCAACAUCAUCCUCAUUCUCACCGACGACCAGGAUGUGCAGCUGGGGGGGAUGACUCCUAUGAAGAAAACGAAAGCUUUAAUCGGAGAGGCAGGAGCAACAUUUGUGAAUGCUUUUACAGUCACGCCGCUGUGCUGCUCGAGCCGGAGCAGCAUCCUGACGGGUCGAUACCCUCACAACCACGAGGUCAGGAACAACUCUGUGUCGGGGAACUGCUCCAGUCCUCUGUGGCAGAAAGGCCCCGAAUCCGAAGCCUUCCCAAUCUACCUCAGCAAACAGAAGUACCAGACGUUCUUCGCUGGGAAGUAUCUCAAUCAGUACGGGAAGAAAGACGCAGGAGACAUCGGCCAUGUCCCACCCGGCUGGGAUCAGUGGAACGCGCUGGUGGGAAACUCACAGUACUACAACUACACACUGUCAGUCAACGGCAAAGAGGAGAAGCACGGAGACAGUUAUGAGAAGGAUUACCUCACAGAUCUCAUAACAAACAGGUCUCUUCACUUCUUGGACAACAUCAGCCCUCAGCAUCCGUUCUUCCUGAUGCUUUCUCCUCCGGCUCCUCACUCUCCCUGGACGCCAGCGCCUCAGUACCAGAAAGAGUUCGGCGACGUUAAAGCUCCUCGAGACGGCAGCUUUAACAAACCGGGGAAGGACAAACACUGGCUGCUCCGUCAGCCCGUCAACCCCAUGCCAGACAGCUCGCUCACCUUCCUGGAUAAUGCCUUCAGGAAGAGGUGGCAGACGCUCUUAUCUGUGGACGACAUGGUGGAGAAGCUGGUGAAGAAGCUCGGUGACAUAAAGGAGCUGGACAACACUUACAUCUUCUACAUGUCGGAUAAUGGCUACCACACAGGUCAGUUCUCCCUGCCCAUCGAUAAGAGGCAGCUGUACGAGUUUGACAUCAGGGUUCCUCUCAUGGUCCGCGGGCCGGGCAUCAAACCCAACCAGACACUGCAGGCUCCAGUGUUGAACAUCGACUUGGCUCCAACCUUAUUGGACAUAUCUGGCUUAAACCUCUCCACUGUGAACAUCGACGGACAGUCCUUCCUCUCUCAGAUGGCCCCUUCACUGCGUAAUGGCUCCACACGUCCCUUCUUCCUCGUUGAAUACACCGGAGAGGGACAUCCAACGACCGACCCCGCCUGCCCCAAACUCGGCCCCGGACUGUCUCAAUGUUUCCCAGACUGCGUGUGCGAAGACGCCUACAACAACACCUACGCCUGCGUCAGGACUCUGGACAGCGGACACAACCUGCAGUACUGCGAGUUUGCAGACAGCGAGUCGUUUGUCGAGGUGUACAACCUGACCUCCGACCCCCACCAGCUGGAGAACAUAGUGAAGAAGGUGGACCCGGCCGUCCUGCAGGUGAUGAACCAGCGGCUCAUCAAGCUCCAGUCCUGCGUGGGCGACAGCUGCCACGACAUCAAAUGAUAAAAGAAGAAAAGGAGGAGGAGCGUUGAGUUUACACCCUUAUAAAGCAGCCAAAGACCAGACUCAUCAUACUGAGAACAGAAGAAGAAGAGAGGGCGGGGGGGUUGGGUUGCUUUACGUGACUGUUUCACCACCAAACCAAACCAAGUAUGGUAGCUGGUAAGAAGUUUUUCACAGCAGACGUUUUGUUUUUUGACACUUCACAAUAAGAAAAGCAAAAAGGUGUGAAUGAUGAUGAUGAUGAUGAUGAUGAUGAUGAUGAUGAUGAUCAUGAUGAUGAUGAUGAUGAUGAUGAUGAUGAUGAUGAUGAUGAUAAAGUGACGCUUCCUGGUUUUGUGCAUGCUGGUUCACUGUUACACUGUCAGGACUCACUUAUGUUAUUAUUAUUAGGGCCCGAGCGGCGACUGCAAGUCGCCUGGCGAAAGCCAUAUUGAAAUUGUAAUGUUUAUUAUUAUUAUUAUUAUUAUUAUUAUUAUUAUUCCGACAUUUCGUGCCCCAAUUUCGCCCCUUUCCCAAAUGCGAAAAUGCUUAUACUUUUGCACGGACGUCCGGCCUCAUCCGAAAUUCGAUAUUUUUGGGUGGUCGCACAUGGUCGACGCAGAAUGGCGGAAUAGCGCCCCCUACAAAGUCCAAAAAUGCCCAUAGGGAAUUUUACUAACUUUGUCCUAUGCUCACAAAAUUCGGUACACAUAUGUAUUAUACCCACAUAUGCAAAAAAGCCUCUUGACCUCAUGACCUCAACCCAACAGGAAGUCGGCCAUUUUGGUUUUGAUUUUUCCCGCCUAAAAUUAACUCCUCCCACAGCGUUGGCCCGAUCAAGUUCAAAUUAGGUACUCAACAUCUCCAGACCUAGCUGAGCUUAACUUGUGCUCUGCACAUCCGUAGGUCAAAGGGCGUGUCUGCCAGGGCUCAACUAACUUUGGCGUGCUCGCCAUGUACAUACAUGCCCACAUACUUCAUCCAAUCAGCUUCAAACUUGCUGGACAUGAUGAUGGCUCCGCCCUGAACGUCCCGAUAUAUUAACUUCCCACGUAACUCAUAGCGCCCCCCGGUGGUAACAGGAAGUUAACUAAGAUUCAUUAAAAUUACAUACUUUGCCCCAUCAACUUCAUUCAGAACCAGUUGGUGAAGCUACAUUAUGAACACUGUGAAGCUACGAGUAAUGGCGUCCGUGUGGCGACGCGGCGACCAUCAAUUCCUCGCCAUGAAAAUCCGUUUGGCUUUUUGAUGGCUUUAUUGAACUCGUAUCAUCAUGAAAAUUGGUACACAGGUCCAGGGUGCCGACCUCAACGUCUCCAUUCGCUCAUAGGCGAUCUCACUCGUGUCGCCCCCUAGUGGAAACAGGAAGUGCCAUAUUUUACAUCAUCAUUGUGCGAUUUCCAAAAAAACUUCACAUGUGUAAUCACUGUCCCACCCUGAACGCAACCGCUUGUGUUUUGUUACACUCUACUGCCCCCUGGUGGAUGAACCAUCAACCUCUCAUAACUCCUUCAUGCUUUGUCCAAUUCACUCCAAACUUCACAUGACUGAUGAGUGGCCGCCCUGAACACACCAGACCACACCAGACCAUAUGUGUAACUACCUGUGACUGCCCCCUACUGGAUGAACGAAACAUUGCAUUUUUGGCCUCCUUCCAGGUUUUUUCUCACUUUCUGCUUCACGCCACAGCCCCGCCAUGCCUCAGGCCCCGCGGUGGCAUGGGUGAGCGAGGGCCCGCCAUAGCCGCUUGCGGCUUUAAUUAUUAUUAUUAUUGUUUACCUGCACUUUCCCCCCUCCAGUAGUCAUGUGGUAGAAGAGAAAUAUUGAUGUGGAAAAUCGUGCAAACUGAGGGAAUUCAUUGGUAAACUGUAGAUUAGAGCUAAAACUAAGAAUAAGUUUCAUUAUUGAUUAAUGUGUCUGUUAUUUUCUUGUUUAAUCAGUUUGUUUAUUGGUCGAAAACCCAUAAGACAAUAUCCUAGGAUUUUGUCCACAACGCAAAGAUGUUAAGUUAAGUUAAAUUAAGGAUAAAAUAAACUAGAAAAUAUUCACAUUUGAGAAGUUGGAAUUAAAAAAUAUGGAUGUUUUCUUCUUAAAUGACACAAAUAGUUGCUGAUAAACUUAAUUGUUGGUAGCUAAUUAAUGAAUUGUUGCAGCUCUAGUGUAGAUGACAAGUUAAAACCUCCAUCCUGCUCUUCAUGAUCAUCUAUAAUGUGGUAGAAGAGAAAUAUUGAUGUUUGAAAAUCAUGCAAACUGAGGGAAUUAACUGGUAAACUGUAGAUCAGAGCUGCAACUAACAGUUAGUUUCAUUAUUGAUUAAUGUGUCUGUUAUUUUCUUGUGUAAUCGGUUUGUUUAUUGGCCCAAAACCCAAAAGAUAACAUCCUCAGAUUUUUUCCACAACUCAAAGAUGUUAAGUUAACUAUCAUAGAAGAACUAAAUAAACUAGAAAAAUAUUCACAUUUGAGGAGUUGGAAUUAAAAAAUCUGGACAUUUUCUUCUUAAAUUACACAAAUAGUUGCUGAUAAACUUAAUAGUUGGUAGCUAUUUAAUGAAUUGUUGCAGCUCUAGUGUAGAUGACCAGUUAAAACCUCCAUCCUGCUUUUUAUGAUCAUCUAUAAUGUGGUAGAAGAGAAAUAUUUCGACUUGGAAAAUCACGCAAACUGAGGGAAUUAAUUGGUAAACUGUACAUUAGAGCUGAAACUAACAAUUAGUUUCAUUAUUGAUUCAUGUGUUUGUUGUUUUUUUGUUUAAUCAGUUUGUUUGUUAGCCCAUGAAAUGCUAAAAAAUGGUCCCAAAACCAAGAUAACAUCCUCAAAUUUCUAGUUUUGUAUGGAUAUUUUCUUCUUAAAUGACACAAAUAGUUGCUGAUAAACUUAAUAGUUGGUAGCUAAUUAAUGAAUUGUUGCAGCUCUAGUGUAGAUGACUAGUUAAAACCUCCAUCCUGCUCUCUAUGAUCACCUAUAAUGUGUUUUAAAACAGCUAAAUUCACCAUAUAGUUGUUUCUUAUUUGCUUAUUUCUUCAGUUUUUGCAGGUACAAGCAUGAAAUUUGAUUGCGACUCUUAAAUACGAGACACAUUAAACAAACCCACAGGUCGCUGAUGGCCGCUUUAGUGCCGUGAGAUCGGCUGUACUGAUAUUUAAAAUGAGCAUCAUUACACACACAGAGAGAUAAAGUUAGGGAACAAGAGGUUUUGUCGUUCAAGUACAGUAUUUAUGCUGCUUCUGCGUCGUGUUCUGGUAACAGAUGCUUCGGCUGUACUUGAAUGUUAUCGCUCGUUUUAAAAGUCAAUAGAAGAUCUCGCUGCACAGCUGUUGAUUUUUAGUCUGAGGAGCCUUUGAGAUCGUAAAAUAACGACUUCAUCUGCAGCUCAGCUCUUAUUUAUGAGCCAAGAUCGAAUAUCAUAUUAUUUUCAUGUCACUGGAUUACAUGUUUCCUUUUAUUAUGAACAGUUUAGAAGCACAUUAAUGUGUUUAGAAGCUUCUACAAAGACUAAUAACAGCGAUUUAUUGAGCAUGCUUACACAGAACUACUCUCCCAAGACUGAAAAUGUGAUCGUUAUAUCAUGUGAUAAUUUGAGUUGAUCAAGUUAAAUGAUUUAACUGGCAAUUUUUAUUUAUGUUUUUCUUAUUAUUAUUCAAAGACUAAUAACAGUGAUCAUGUUUUCAGUCUCAGGAGAGUAGUUCUGUGUAAGGCAGACGCUACUGAGCAUGUGCAGUAACGUUCACAACCUUUUUUACUUUGCACUGCAUCAUGAAUUUCUUAAAGAACUUCAGUGCAAAUUAAAAGACAUUGUGAUAUGUAGCAUAACAAGCUAAAGAAGCUGUAGACAUUUCUGCACAUGCUCAAUAGCGUUUACCUUACACAGAACUACUCUCCAGAGACUGAAAAUAUGAUCGCUGUUAUUUGUCCUUUGGAGCUGUUUCUAAACAAACUAACAUGACAAAACUCUUUAUAAUGAAGGAACAUGUCAACCAGUACAGCGGAGUGACUCACUGACAUGUUUUUAAUAGUUUUUUGGGCAACGACGGAGGAAAUACGGCCUUUUCUUAUGAUUGUACAUACUGUAUUUGAAACAGAAACUAGUGUACAGGCUUCUUUACUCCAUGAUUUGAAGAGAAGUAGUAUGAUCUAUCAGGCUUUGCAUACACAGACAAUACUCCAGACAUGAGAUCUGUUGCCAAUAUUAAAACAUUGCAGCUGUAUCGUUUAAUAUGUGAUUGCAGAGAGCAGGAUGGAGCAGAUUUUAGGGCAUCUCGGCCAUUAAAAGUGCAGUUUUUCCAACUCAUUCACAUGGAUUUACACCUCAAUACUUGUACUUUAUCUACCACAUGAUCACGGGGGAACUUUUCCUACUGUGACAAAAAGUUAAAGUAUCUGCUGUGAAAAAGCUUUAUUAUUUUCUCAGACCUGUAUGCACAUAACUCUUCUUUUCAGGAGCUCAUUAUUAUAUACACUUUUUAAAACUCCUUUUUUCUUCCUAUCGGACUAAUCCAUCAUACCACGUUAGUUAAGAAUAAUACGUUUAAACUGCACUAUAAACUCACUGUGUUGUUUUGGGGAGGGGUGGGGUGUUAUUUUUAAUAUAAUAUUCAGGGGUUCACCAUGCUGUUCAACAUUUUGAGUCAUUACAGAAAGGACCAGUAUUUCUCAGAAGUGGAUUCAUUAUAUUUUUAAAUUAUACACAACCAACCAAAGCUGUGCUAGUUCACUGCAGCUUCACUAAUUCUCUUUUUAAAGGAGUAAUUUGACAUUUUGGGAAAUUCAUUUUAUUAGAUACCAUACUCAUGUCUGUACAGCAAAUACGAAACUACUGCUAGCAGCGUGUUAGCUUAGUUUAACAUAUUAACGUAUUAUAUUUAUAUCUGUUUAAUACACAAUAAUUAUUAAGAUUUAGAAGUGCUAUUAGCUGAUUUUUGUUAUUUUAGCUUAGCACAAAGACUGGGAACAGGGUGAAAUGGCUUGCUUGACUCUGUUUAGUUAACAAACUCAGCUAUAAACACCUUUAAAGCUCAUUAAUUAACAUAUUAUAUCUAUAUCUAGUUAAUUUACACAUAUUAUUAUUAUUAAGAUUUAUGAGUGCUAUUAGCUGAUUUUUGUUAGUUUAGCUUAGCACAAACACUGGAAACAGGGUGAAAUGGCUAGUUUGACUCUAUUAAGUUAACAAUAUCAACUAUGAGCACCCCUAAAGCUCAUUAAUUAACAUAUUAUAUCUAUAUCUAGUUAAUGUACACAUCAUUAUCAAGAUUUAUGAGUGCUUUUAGCCAAUUUUUGUUAGCUUAGCUUAGCACAAACACCGUAAACAAGGGAAAACGGCUUGCUUGGCCAUAUUAAAACAUUAACAAAAUCAACUAUAAGCACCUUUAAAGCUCACUAAUUAACAUAUUAGAUUUAUAUAUAUUUAAUGUACACAGCAUUAUGUAGAUUUAUAAGUGCAAUUAGAGGUUAACUAACUGCUGUAGCUACGUAUUUACUGUACAGGACAUGCGAGGUAUCUCUGCAAGGUUUCCCAACAUGUUAAAAUACUCAUUUAAGGGGAAAUUAUAUUCAGUGCAGCUUCUAUUUUCUUAUAAAAAUCUUCAAACUCAAACUCAUCAUUUUUAUCUCAGCUGCACUUUCAUGAAAGAAGUCUUAAAAUUGAGGUAAUUUCCAUCCAUUCGCUCCAAGUUUUGUGCCUCAGAUUUAAAAUAAUGUUUGUUUUUGUGACUAUAUUUUACAUUUAGUAUUCCUGAUGAUAAUUGUAAGGAGCCUUUUUUUUAAAGUGGAAAGAUGGAAAAUGAAAUACAAUAAAAGAAGAAAGUGCUGUUGAAACUUUUGAGAUGUUUUUUUCAUCAAAGGGAAGAUUUAACAUUUUGAAAUGAGCUUUAUAACCUUGUGUGCCUUGUGUUUGCACUGACGAGGUGCACGUGCCUUUUAAAUGUGAAUGUAUUUGCACUGUGAUGAAAAUUAAUUAAGAAUAAAAUCAAAGGAAGCAUUUUA